GAUUUUUUGAUAUAUUUAUCUAAUCGAUUUAUUUCUGUAUUUUCUUUUUUCAUAAUUUAUGGUGUCCACUUAUGAAAUUGUGGCAAUUCAUCUUUUUAGUUGAACUUUCGCUACCGUUGUAAGUGUACCAGUACAGCAGCUCUAAAAUUGCGGAAGAUGCCGUUUAGACCAUUGCCACCAAUAUUAGCCAAAAAGGCAAAAGAAGAGUUAAAUGAAGAUCCUGCACGGAACGAAGAGGAUGUGAGGAUACUUCGCGAAUGGAUACAGAAGCAACCUCAUAUCAAGGCUAGGUUAGACGACCAAUUUUUAUUAACCUUUGUAAGGGCCAGUAAACACAGUUUGGAACGUGCAAAGAAAAAGAUCGAUUUGUUCUAUACCAUCCGAACUGCAAUACCGGAAGUCUUUAAGAACAGGGUUCCCGAUGAUCCACGUAUAAUAGAAUUGGUCAGACUCGGAGUGUUCUUCUUUUUGCCCAAACCUCUUUAUGAAGGCGGGCCGAGAGUUUGCUUGAUUCGUCCUGGUGUCAGCAAUCCAGAAAAACAUAGAAUCUAUGAUUGUGUUCGUCCUGGGACAAUAGUGCAUGAUCUUGGGCUUGUAAAUGAUGAUGACUUGGUAGUUUCAGGAGUUGUCGAAAUAAUUGAUUUAUCCAAUGUGACAAUGGGACAUUUCUUGCAAUUCGAUGCUAUGUUUAUGAAGAAAAUGGCUUUACUAGGAGGCGAAGGAUCAACACUGCGUCACAAGGGGACGCAUUUCAUCAACGUUCCACCGACUUUUGAGACGGUCUACAACAUUUUCAAAACAUUUAUGAAUGAAAAACAAAAGAGUCGUUUGUAUGUGCAUGGUAAAAACUUCGAAUCAUUAUACGAGCAUAUACCUCAAAAAAUGCUUCCCAAGGAAUAUGGUGGCGAAAAUGGCUCAUUUAGCCAAAUGAUUGCGGAUAUGGAGAAGCAAUUUACUGAUAACAAAGCCUAUUUUGUCGAAGAAAACAUUUAUGGAACUAAUGAAGCCUUGCGUCCAGCAGAUUCGAAAUUCAAUCCUGAAGCAUUAUUUGGUGUUGAUGGAACUUUCCGUAAAUUAGAAGUUGAUUCCUUCGUAAAAGGAAUUUUAGCUUUCUCUGAAAAUCACGCUUGCUCAAUUUCUCUUGCAAAGGUAAUGAUGUUGAAGGUACGGGAACUACACCCGGAAUUGGCAAUCAAAGCAAAGAACGAGCUUCAUGAAGAUCCUGAGAGGAUUCCUGAAUCCAUCAAAAUUCUUCGAGACUGGAUUAAAGCGCAGCCCCACCUAAAAUCUAGAACGGACGAUCAGUUUCUGCUAGCAUUUCUACGUGCUAGUAAACAUAGUAUUGAAAGGGCGAAGCAAAAAAUUGAUCACUUCUACACAUUAAGGACUGCUGUCCCAGAGCUGUUUAAAAAUAGAAACGUAGAGACGUCAAACUUCCUGGAAGUAGUUAGAUUGGGGACAGGACUUAUAUUACCAAAUCCACUAGGAGAAUCCGGUCCAAGAAUAUGCCUGAUACGACCAGGUGCUUAUAGUCCAGAGAAAUACAAUAUCUACGAGAUUUUACGGCCUGGAUCUCUAGUGGCAGAUAUUGAAUUGAUCGAAGAUGACAAUCUCAUUGUUUCGGGAUUAGUGGAAAUCAUUGAUCUGGAAAAUUUGUCAAUGCAACAUAUAUUUCAAAGUGAUGCAGUUUUUAUGAAAAAAUUGGCAGCGAUAGGUGGAGACGCUUCUCCUUUACGGCAUAUGGGAACACACUUCAUCAAUACGCCGGGAAGUUUUGAGGCAAUGUUUAAUGUCUUCAAAGGAUUUUUGAGUCCGACGAAAAGGAAACGGAUUGACCAUAUCACGACCAGCAGUAAAUUCAGUAGCUGCCCUGUGAAUGGGACUACCAACGAAGUCGAAAAGAAGCAUAAUCUGAUAGUUGUUUGCCAUCGCUUGCAUGUCACUACUGUAUCGGUUCGCAGGAAGAUGGAACUUACAAGUGGUCGUAGACGUUUUGGUGGUCCUGUGAAAGACGUUGACGGUAAGCUUCUCGUUCACGAUGAUGAGGAGCUGAAGACGUGGAAGAAAUACUUCACCGCAAGUCUUAAUUGUAUAACAUGCGGUAUAGGUUCACCCCUUGUAGAGCCACCACAACGUGCGGAUACGGACUGGAACUCCAAACAGUACGAUCGCCAUACAAUGUACCACGAAUCAGGCGAUCAGUGGCUUUGCAUGGGCAAAAUGAGCGGCGUAUUAGUAUCAAAAGACGCCAUGUCAAGCAGUCGACCUAUGAAUGAACUUUUGGCAAAGAAAGCUAGGGAAGAGCUUAAUGAAGACCCGAACACUAUCGAAGAAAGUGUGCAGCUGCUAAAAGAAUGGACCAACAAACUACCACACAUUAGAGUUAGAACAGAUAGUCGGUUCCUGCUUAUUUUUCUGAGGGCAAACAAAUUCAGCGUGGAAAGUGCCAAAAAGAAAAUUGAAGGCUACUAUACAAUGCGUAGCGCAGUUCCGGAACUAUUCAAAAAUCGAAAUGUUGACGACCCCAAAAUGCAGGAAAUCUUCAAAUUAGGUGUAGGGUUAAUCUUUCCAAAGACCAACGGUGUAGAUGGUCCUCGAAUUUCUUUAAUUCGGGCAGGAUCCUACGACCCUAAUAAGUAUAAUAUCAAAGAUGUAAUAAAAGCUGGAACCUUUGCGGGGGAUAUCCAAUUACUUGAGGACGAUAACAUAACAAUUGCAGGGCAAAUAGAAAUUAUGGACCUGGCCAAUGUUACUUUAGGACAUAUGCUCCAAAUGGAUGCUGUGUUUUUUAAGAAGCUAGCUGCCGUUGGCGAAACAGGGACACCUAUUCGACAUAAGGGACUACAUUUCAUAAACACCCCACCGGGAUUUGACACUUUUUUCAAUUUGUUUAAAAGUUUUCUGGGUGACAAAAGUAAAACAAGAUUAUUCAGCCACGGACACAAUAUAGAGUCACUCUACAAUUACGUAUCAAAGAGUUUAUUGCCGGCCGAAUAUGGAGGAGGUAACAGCUCAAUCCCAGAAAUGAUUGAUUACUGGUAUAACAAGAUUCUAUCAUAUCGAGAUUAUUUCAAAGAAGAGGAAGAGUAUGGAAUCGUAGAAAGAUAUCGGAAAGAUAUUCAAAAGCAAACUGAAGACUCACUUUUUGGUGUUGAUGGAACGUUUCGGAAAUUAUGUAUUGACUAAAUAAAAUUUAAAAUUUUAUUCACUGUA